AUGGCAGAAAAUAUCGAUUGGAAAAUGGAUGAAGAUGAUGAACAACCACAAGAAGAGUCAUCAUCUCGUCAUUUACUUAUUGCACUUGAAGAUUUACUCAAACGAAGUCAUAAUAGUUCGACGUUAAUAUCAAAGAUCAAAUAUCAAAGUAAAAGUAGAAGUGUUGACGAUUUACUAAUAAAUCGACGAUAUCGCCAAGGAAAAGAUCGGGAUAUUUCAACAAAUCACGAUACUAGUAAUAAUAUUUCAAAUACAACAAGAGUUGAACUUGAUUUAUCUGGCAUUGGACAUGACGAUGAAAGUAACGAAAAUGAUUUAGAAAUACAACGAAGUCGAUCAGCGCCUGUUUCACCAACUAAAAUCUAUGAUAAAGAAUUAGCUGCAUUUAUAGAAUGUGAACAACAACAAUCCAUUGCUGAUAAUUUUGUCUAUAAUAUUGAUCUAUCCGAUGAUCAACAAACUGUACAUCAACCAAAUUCAAGAUUAGCCAUAUUUUUUGAAGAUGAUUUUUCACUUGAAGAAAAUAAUUAUGAACCAUCAGUUAGCCUUAUUCAUUCUUCUAUUAACAAUAAUUGUUUGACAAUUACUGAAGAAAAUGAAGAAGAACUUGAACAAUUGCAACGAGAUGAUGAUGAAGAGAAACAACAACGACAGCAACUUUUAUUAGAAAUUAGUGAAAAUUCAAUACCAAUAAUAAGAUUAGAAAAUGAUAAUGAUGAUCAAACUGAUACAUAUGAGAAUGAUAAUCAGAUGAAUAAACGUGAAAUACACGAUAUGAGUAAUCUAUUAUCAAUUAAUAUAGAUCACUGUGAAAAUAGCACGGAACGUCUUUCAACUAUUUAUGAAACUCCAAGUCCACAACCUGAAAUAGAAGAAGAAGAAAAAGAAGAAGAAGAAGAAGAAGAAGAAGAAGAAGAAGAAAUCGAUAACAAUACAGAUGAUAAAUUAGUUGUCUACGAUAUUGCAAAUGUUGAUACAUCAACUAAAUCUUCAACAAUUCAACCAAAACAAAAAUCGACUACUUCAACUACUUUAUUCCAUCUAUCUUCCACUAUGAAUCGAAAUCGUAUCGGUUCAUGUUAUACAGAUGCUUUUUUUAAACCCUGUCCUAAUUUGACCAAUGUUCUUUCAGCUUCUCGUUUAUGUGGAACAACAACAACAACAACAAAGAUCACUUCUAAAGUUAAUAAUCCUUCGUCCAUAUUAUCUACCUCAUUGUUAACUACAAUUAACGAUGAAAACUCAUCUUCAUUACCGGCUAUUAAUGCUGAAAAGAAUUCUUCAUUUCUUUCUCCUAAACAGCAAUCAUCUUCACGAUCAUCACCCAUGUUAUUUGUAACUUCAGUCGAUGAACAACCAAAUCCUGUCAUGGAUCAUAAUGAAUUACCAUCGUCACAACCAUCUUCUCAACAUAUUCAAAAAAUGAAAGUAUUUCAAACAUCAUCAUCAAGUCUAUCAGAUUUCAUUUCACCAACAUCAACACCAAAAUCACAAUUGCCAACUACAACUUUGAACGAAGAUGUUCUUAGUAUCCAUCACUCUCUGACAGACUGUUCGUUAUUGGAUCAAAUGUCAACGCUUAUCGAUGAAAAUAAAUCAAAAAUAAAUCAAAUCUCAGAUAAUCCUGGGCGAAAAUCAUCAUGUACUCGACGUAUUCUUACGAAUGGUCUUUUAGUUCCGCAUGCUGCUAGUAAUCAUAUUGCUCGUCGUUUACAAGAACCUCUUACUUCAAUUCAUAAUAAUCAUUAUUCAAUAAACGUAAAAAUUGAAGAAACUCAUUUGUCUGAUUCGUCAAUAUCUUCGGUGUCACUUUCAUCAUCUGAUGAAAACCUUUUCACUCGAUCAGAUUACAGUGCUCAACAAGAUCGAAUAAAUUCUCAAAAACGUAAAGCAUCUAGUCUAAAAAGUAUUGAUUUAAUCUCACAUCAAGCACCAUCGAAAAUUCUUUAUCCUAUUGAUUUCGAUGCGAACAAUAUGGAUUUAUCUUGCCAUAAAAAGCAAUCAAUUCACAUAAACAAAGUACCCACAUCUGAUUCCGGCAUUAUUAUUGAUACACACCCAACACUUAAGUCAAGUAGUGAAGAUGAUGAUCACAAUAAUGGUAUUAUUGAAACAAAUCAAAUCAAACAAUAUGAAAUUAAAUAUAGAAGAACUUUAGAUGAUCUAACCACUCUUAAGAAAAAUAUUGUCAAUACUGAAAGUCGUCUUAAUGAAGCUAUGCGAGAGUUGGAAAUUGAACAAGCAUUGAUCGAAGGUGAACAUGAUUUAGUAUUCAAACAAAUUUUAGAUGCAAGUGAAAGUGAUCAGCAGAAAAUACGACAGUUAAAUGACAAUUUACAAUUAUUAAUUGAACGAAUAAUGGCAGAAAAAAAUUCUAUUCGUGAUGAGAUUGAUUAUACGAAACAUAUUCUUUUUGAAUUCGAAAAUGAAUUACAUAAACUGGAACAAAAUUAUCGAUCGUCUGACGAGAAAAUUCUUAAAACAAAAGAAAUUAUUGCUGUAACUCGUAAAAAUUAUGAAGAUCUUGAAUAUCAAUUGAUGGAAUUAGAAAUCCGCUGUGAAUCUGAACUUGAAAAAGCUGAACAACAUUUUCAAAAUGAACAGAAAUUUGUUACACAAAAUGCUCAAAUUCGACAAAAUACUUUGCAUGAUCUUGAUCAUGAACAAUAUAUCGCUCUGUAUCAAGCAAUAAUGGAAAAAGAAAAACUUCAGCGAGAAAAACAAAAAUUAAAAUUAGCUUUUAAACAAAAAAAAUUAGAAGCAAACGAAUUAGAACAGAAAAUCUAUAAUGCAUGGUCAAAUAUUGAUGGUACUAAACGUAAUCUAUAUCAGUCAACUCCAACAUAUCUUUAUCGAACAUUGAAUUAUUCCGAUGGAUUUUCGUCAUCAAGAAUGGAAAGAAAAGAUGAUCAUCAUGAUAAUUCACAUGAAAUAAAAGACAAAAUGACUAAAGAUAAACUAGAAAAAAUGAUCAUUCUUGAAGAACAACUACCUGAACGAUAUAAUAAAAAAAUGAAUCGAAUUGAAAUCGAACAAAAAUUAGCUACUAGAAUUGAAAAAUCUGAUUAUGAAGUGAAACUACGUGAAAAAAAUCGAAUACAAGAACGCCCAUUGACACGUUAUUUACCAAUACGUGCCAUCGGUUUUGAUCUGCGUGCACAUAUUGAAGGUGCUGGUCAUUUAUUGAAUUCUUCUCAUAUCAUUCUAACAUCGACAUCAUGUCGUGGUUAUCUUCAUAAAAUGGGUGGAAUCAAAUUUAAAACAUGGAAUCGCCGUUGGUUUGUAUUUGAUCGUGAACGACGUUUAUUAUUUUACUAUCAAGAUAAAACCGAAACAAAAUUACGUGGUUGUUUUUAUUUUCAAUCAGUUCUUGAAGUUUAUGUCGAUCAUUUACAAUCAAUAUCAUUAAGAUCACCUGAACCACGUGAAGCAACAUUUAUUGUGAAAACUAUUGAGCGACCUUAUUAUUUAGUUGCUCCAACUGUUGAGCUCAUGCGUAUAUGGGUUGAUGUGAUUAUAACUGGUGCUGAAGGAAAUACUUUUGCUAGUGUUUAA